CUGAGGGUUUUUUUUUUUUAGACUCUCCCUCCUCCUCCCUCUCCUCCUCCCUCGUUUUUUAGUCCAUUGUAGGGAUCCUUGCCCUCAGAAGAACAGUGUCCCCCCUGGCUGUUAGAGAAACGCCGCUGUCUUCUCUUCUCAUUUCAUCUCAUCUCCUUUCCUAUCCUCUCUUCUCUUCUCCUCUCUCUCUCUCUCCCCUUAUCUCUCCUCUCUUCUCCUCUUAGCGCACCAGCCGCACGUUCUGCACCGUUAAUCCGCAAUUUUAAGCGGCACGGAAACGGGAUUUUCUUUUGCAGUGCGCAAUAAAAGAACCCGGAGCGCGCGUCUCAGCGCGUUCACACAGACAGAAGGACACCAGAGUCCACCAUGAGUCCACCGACGGCCGCUGUCCCAUUGUAAGACCUGUUCCGAACAAGACGCGGAUUGUGUGUGUGUGUGUGUGUGUGUGUGUGCGCUUUCCUUUAUUGACUCCAUGAAGGAACUCGUAGUCAAGUGUGAACAGAAGUCGUGUGUUUCCUUGUAGGAUUUGGCAAAACAAAAAAUCCAAAGCAGGAGAAGCAAGGCCAGCUGGACUUUGGGCAUUAUUAUUAUUAUUAUUAUUAUUAUUAUUAUUAUUAUUAUUAUUAUCCUCGGAAGUGUCUUCCACGCAGGAGCUGAGUGCACGGAGAGCCAUGGGUUCAAUUGGAAUGGAUUUCUAAAAAGGGAAAUCACUUGUGAAACUUCCCAGAUUGUAGCAUGAGAGGAUUUCUGUACAGAGCGAGAACUUGAUAAGACAAAUGCAAAUCUGUGAAGAUAGAAAAGCAGUGGAAAGGAUCUAAACGCGACUGCUGUCUUAACGGACUGUUUUCCAAAGAACCGGGCAAAGGGCACGGGGUUGGAAAAUAAAGAAGAAGAAGAACAAUAAUAAUAAGUUUUUUCAACAACACAGAGAUACCCAGACGUUGCCAAUGCCUGGAGUCAGUGCUUGAGCUGAUCACAAGACAUACAUUUCCUUGUCAAAAUGUGGAGGAUCUUCAAGUUCAUCAUAACCGUGUGCCUGGCAGAAUGUGCUUUAUCGAGGAGCAUCACGACACAAGAAGUCCGCUCGAAAGAUUCCAGAGCAUACCGGAUGACUCUUCAGCCAGGCUUCCCCGAGAACACCACCGUGCUACUCGGAGGCCAGGCGAAACUGGUAUGUAAAGUCCAUCGGCCAGCCACGACACGUCUCCAGUGGUUUAAGAAGGACAGGGAUCGCCUGGGGCCUGAUGGAUCACCGCUUCUUAAGCCCCUCACUCCUCUUCAAGACAACAUCUCCAAAGUCAACGUUCUUCCUUUAGUAAACAUCACUUUGGAAGAUGCAGGAGAGUAUAUAUGCAAGGCAAAAAGCUCUGCUGGAUGGACUAGCAGUUCAGCGUGGGUGGAAGUCUUAACAGAAAUCCUUCCUGCUAAAUCUAUGGACCAGUUGACUUUGGCUGAGGAUCCAACAGAAGUUUUUGAGGAGCUGAGUGAGGAUACAUCAGAACGCCUCCUGCUAGAACCGGGUGAUGUGCUCAAACUGCGUUGUGACACAAACCGCCCUGGAACUGUCCUCUGGUUCAAAGGAGAUGCCCGAGUGCAACAUAGUGCUCGCAUCCAGAUAAGAGCAGGAGUCAUGGAGAUUACAGAUGCGACAUAUGAAGACUCAGGGGUCUAUGUGUGCAUGAUCCAUGGCUCCAGAGAGGCUCUGCGCAACUUCACCAUCACAGUGGCAGAUGCAAUGGGAUCCGGUGAUGAUGAUGAGGAUGAAGAUGGCCAAGAAGAAUCAAUUACAGAGACAGAAAAUGACCGAGUCUACUUCUCCAGAGGCCCAUACUGGACCCAUGUUCAGAGGAUGGAGAAAAAGCUUUAUGCUGUCCCAGCUGGAAACACGGUUAAAUUUCGCUGUCCGGCUACAGGAAGCCCACUGCCCACAAUCCGCUGGCUGAAAAAUGGCAGAGAAUUCAGAGGAGAGCACAGGAUUGGAGGAAUCAAGUUGCGGCAUCAGCACUGGAGCUUAGUCAUGGAGAGUGUGGUGCCCUCGGACCGUGGGAACUACACUUGUGUGGUGGAGAACAAAUAUGGCUCCAUCGCUCAUAGCUACCUCCUCGAUGUGUUGGAACGCUCUCCUCACAGACCCAUUUUACAAGCUGGUCUACCAACCAAUACUACAGCAGUGGUCGGAGGGGAUGCCCAGUUCCACUGCAAGGUCUAUAGUGAUGCACAGCCACACAUUCAGUGGCUGAAGCACAUUGAGAUGAACGGCAGCCGGUACGGACCUGAUGGUAUACCCUACGUUAAGGUUGUCAAGACAGGCAGCUUGAACAUGUCUGAGGUGGAGAUCUUAUAUCUGACAAAUGUCACAAUGGAGGAUGCUGGAGAAUAUACAUGUUUGGCUGGAAACUCUAUUGGCUUCUCACACCAGUCUGCAUGGCUCACUGUCCUAUCUGAGGAAGAAGUGACCAAAGAGAUGGACCUUAUGGAGACCAAGUACACCGACAUUAUAAUUUAUGCCUCAGGCUUCCUAGCAUUGGUGAUGGCAAUUGUGAUUGUGGUCUUGUGCCGAAUGCAGACCCACCCCAGCCGUGAGCACUUUGAUGCCCUCCCUGUCCAGAAACUUUCCAAAUUUCCUCUGCGCAGACAGUACUCUGUCGAGUCCAACUCCUCUGGGAAGUCCAGUGCUUCUCUAAUGAGAGUGGCACGUCUUUCCUCCAGCUGCUCUCCGAUGUUAGCUGGAGUCAUGGAGUUUGAGCUUCCCUACGAUCCUGACUGGGAGUUCCCAAGAGAGAAUUUGACUUUAGGGAAACCUCUUGGCGAAGGUUGCUUUGGUCAGGUGGUGAGAGCAGAGGCUUAUGGGAUAAACAAGGAUAAUCCAGAUCAAGUAACCACCGUGGCAGUCAAAAUGCUAAAAGAUGAUGCAACUGACAAAGACUUGGCUGACCUUAUCUCUGAAAUGGAGCUUAUGAAGGGCAUGGACAAACAUAAGAACAUCAUAAAUCUUCUUGGUGUUUGCACUCAGGAAGGUCCACUCUAUGUGCUGGUUGAGUAUGCCUCAAAAGGAAGUUUGCGUGAGUACUUACGAGCACGUCGUCCACCCGGAAUGGACUACACCUUCGACGUGACCAAGGUUCCAGAAGAGCAACUCACGUUCAAGGACCUGCUUUCUUGUGCCUACCAAGUGGCACGAGGCAUGGAGUACCUGGCUUCUAAAAGGUGCAUUCACCGAGAUCUAGCAGCAAGGAACGUUCUCGUCACAGAAGACAACGUCAUGAAGAUCGCAGAUUUUGGUUUGGCAAGAGGAGUCCAUCAGAUUGAUUACUACAAGAAAACUACAAAUGGACGUCUGCCAGUGAAAUGGAUGGCACCAGAGGCCUUGUUUGACAGGGUCUACACACACCAGAGCGAUGUUUGGUCUUUUGGAGUUCUGAUGUGGGAGAUUUUCACGUUGGGAGGCUCACCGUACCCAGGAAUCCCAGUCGAGGAGCUUUUCAAGCUGUUGAAAGAAGGCCAUCGCAUGGACAAACCCUCCAACUGCACGCAUGAACUCUACAUGAAGAUGAGAGAAUGCUGGCAUGCAGUUCCGACACAAAGGCCAACCUUCAAACAGCUGGUGGAAGAGCUGGACAGAGUGCUGCUGUCUAUUUCAGACGAGUACCUCGACCUGUCGACCCCUUUCGAACAGUAUUCCCCAUCUUGUGAGGACACGUCCAGCUCUUGCUCUUCAGACAAUGAUUCAGUGUUUACCCACGAUGCCUUGUCCACCGAUCCGUGCCUGCUCGGUUAUCAUGACGUGCGUUCUCGGCUAGACAUGAAGACAACGCUACGAUAAGGACUCGUCUGGCAGAGGAAUCAGGUUUAUGGAUAUCAAAGUUUGCAUUUAGCACCAUCAGCAGUACGAAGCAGUCACGUGAGGCGUGGACUUUAGCCUUCGAAUGCGCUGCGCAAAGAACAUUAUCAUAAUGCUCGGCACUAGAAAACCUGGUGACAAAAAAUGGCUGCCUCAAAUAAUCAGGUUUAUCAUACAGUAAGUGGACUGCCUAGUAAAGAAGCAAUUCAGUCUCUGUUUUCUUUGUGAUGAAUCAAUGCUGCUUAUAAUGUGUAAAGUCCCAAGUAUAUGAGCAGCAUAGAAACUGGAGUGUGCUGAAACAACCAGAUUUUUUUGUUUGUUUGUUUGUUGUUGUUGUUGUGUUGAAGAAAAGAGAACAUUUAUUUUGAUAUAAAAGUUGAUAGCAUUGUUAAAUAUAAAAUUCUCUCUAUAUAAAGAUUAUUCUACUUUUUUUUUCCUAUUUAAAGAUUUGUCUUAAAAUCUCAGGAUCUCGCAUUGGUGAAAUUGCUGCAGUGCCAGCAAGGUGCCUGAAUUUUGAUUUCCUGUGAAUAUCUUAAAAUAUUUUAUGUACAUAUCAUUGAAUAAGACAAUUACCUUUUAUAAAUUAUUCUAAAGCAUAUGAAGUGAAGGUGUUGGGUGAAGAAUUUCGAAAUUGCGAGUUUUUGACAUCACAAAGUCUUCACACAGGCAAAGCAGAUGAGUAUGGUUUAGUAGAGUUUAGACGUUUGCAAGCACGGCUUGAAGAGCUUGCUUUUGUGACACAAAGCCGAGCCCCAUUCCACCGUAUCUAUACUGUACAGAGAGAAAAGGACUGGACUGAAUGUGAAAACCAUCCUUGAGGUUGAUUGAUUUAAAAUGAGAGAAUCCUCCAUUGUUUGGCUGUAACCUUUUACCUAGCACAGUUUGUUUGCAGGGUCCAAGCGCAGGCCAAGUUGGACAAUAGGCCCACGCAGCUGUAAUGGGUGUGACCACAGGACAGGGCGAUUGGGGGGCUGUCUGAGCCUGCGUGCAAAUGAGGUGGCCCCUUAUUAUGCUAAUGGUUCCAGCUGCCCAUCUUUCUCCUCCACUAUCUUUUUAAUAUACAAAUGCUAAUGGCGCCCUUUCGGAGCAAUCUCUGCAGUGCUCUUCGGGGAAUGCAAGGCCUCACCCGCAAGCUGAUAAGGCAGCUUUCUCAAGUUAAUUUACUCUUUGCUUUUAAUGCCCAGCCAGCGAUGCUCCUCCAAAUUCCUUUGGGAACAUUCGGCCCUCCGUGUGCGCAUUAGAAUGAGCCGAGUGGCCAGUCCUCCUUCUUUGAGAUGCAGGGGUGAAAAAUGUCAUUAUCUUAUUGAUAUGAGCUAUGAUUGGGGCUCAAAUUCAUCUAACAGGUCAGCUUGAAUGAAAAAAAAAAUCAUAUCCUCCCUUUACGUGGCCUUAAAAAAACCAAAAACCCUGAAUUCUUUUGUAUGAAGAAACAAGAAAGCAGAAAGAAAAAUAACAAACUGCAUGACAUUCCAUUUAUGUACUCCAUAUACAAAUGUAUAGCAAUCAAAUGUUCUUAUGCAUUUUCCCUUGAGAGAAUUAUUUUAGAAAUAUCUAAUUUAUUUGUUUAUUGUGUUGUUUUAUAUUAAAUAAAGGAUAAUUUAAA